UCUGUUACGUUUUUAAGCACUUUAAAGCGGACAACAAAAUACGGCAAAAUUUAGUUUCAGCACAGAGUGCAACGUCGUUUUCAAAAGGUGGCUUUAUUUGUGUUGGCAACAGGAUAUUAUUGAGGUCAAAUCAUGCUAAAAGGAUGACAUUCACAACUUUCAUCUUGAUCUCAAGCCUCGUUACAGUUGUUUCUGCAAUCUCAAGUGACAAAAGAGCCACUCCAACAGGGCAAAUAGUAACAGCCACUGUAAGGUCCACAGUAACUUUGAUAUGUGACGUUGGUGAGACUGUCUUUGAUUUGGUUGAGUGGAGGAGGAAUGAUACAAGUGAUGAUAUUUUUAUUCAAUAUCAAAAUUUCCGUCCAAGUGUACAUGUGUCAUAUAUAAAUCGUGUGACACUGAAAGAUGGAAAGAAUCUGCAGAUAGCAAAUUUGAACCUUGGAGAUGAAGACACUUAUUUCUGCAAAGUUGUUAGUCUAAAAUCAGGAACUACCUCACAAAGUUCUCCAAUCAAACUUUUGGUCCAUGAUAAAUCUCAAAGUAAAGAACCUAAGAAGGAGGUUAUGGAGGCACCAACUUGUGAUGGUCCAAAGGAGAAAUUUAUCGCCAAAGUUUUAGGAAGCACAGUUCUUCUGACAUGUUAUGUGCGUGGCAACCCUCCUCCGAAGAUCGAAUGGACGAAAGACGGUGGGCCUUUACCUAAAGGUCGCCAUACGGUGACAACAAAAGGCCUAACUAUCAAGUCUCUUCAUCGAGAGGACAGUGGGAGUUACCAGGUUACGCUCACAAGUUCUGCUGGGCAAUAUGCUCAUGUGAUAGAGGUGAUUGUGAAAACGUCUGCUUCUGUUUUGCCUGGUCACUAUAUAAAUGCUGUUGAGAACCAAAUGCAGACGAUCCCUUGCGGCAGGACACGUGUUGAUUCAAGUUCGACAGUUAGUUGGACGGGGCGAAAUGGUGCAAGGGCUACAAAUAACCCUAGGUUCACGCUGGACACAGCAACUGGUGGCCUUAUUAUUAAUCGCGCGGACCGAAACGACUCUGGGUCCUACAAUUGUUCCAUCAUGAAGAUAGAAGGCAGGGAAUUUAAAAUCACCACAUAUGAGAUGUUUUUCAAUGUGCAAUAUCAUCCAGAAAUUAUUUACUUCUAUCCGGAAGUUACAGCUCUCGUGGGGGAUUCGACAUAUUUUCCGUGUGUUGCCAUUGGAAACCCAGCUGCAAACAUUUCUUGGCAACACAAGGGGCAGCCGUUAUCGAAGAGCCCAAGGUUUACAAUCAAUAGCAAUGGGUCUCUGAUAAUAGAGGACAUACGGCGCGAGGACGAAGGGAUAUACACGUGCACACCCAUCAAUAAAUGGACUGGAAAGAAGAAACAUGCUACGCUGCAAGUUUUAGUUCCUCCUGAAUUCAUCAACUCGCCGUCGUUUGCACAAAAUGUCGAAAUUGGAGCGAAUGUUACGUUCGACUGCAUGGCCCGAGGGUUUCCAAAGCCAAAUAUCACGUGGUAUACAAUCGAGUCAUCAGGGGCUUUUGAACACGUUUUUACAUCAAAAGAUGGAGUACUAACUAUCAGAAAUGUGAGGCUUUCUGAUCAUGCGAGAUAUCGAUGCUACGCAACGUCUGUUGCUGGGACUGCCUCACGGGAUUUCAUGCUGUUUCUUAAAACAACGCCAUAUAAACCAGUAAAUAUCACCACAGAAUCUUUCUAUAACAUCACAACAUUAUCUUGGGCCUCACAUGCUAAUGGUGUAAUUGUCGAAGAAUUCGAAUUGUGGUAUCGCCCUUUGAAUAGUACCGAGUAUGAGUGGCAGAUUUAUUUAUUCAAGCAGUUUGGCAGCGAGACUGCCAAUAUCACGGGGGUCUUGAGUGGCAAUGAUGUCAUCUUCAGAAUGCGAGGGAAAAACCCGCAGGGUUUAGGCCCAUUUAGUGAUGCAUAUAUUGUGUUUAAGAAUGGAACCGGCAUUGAGGCAGUGAAAGAUGAAAGAAAAGAGGCAACGCCCAUGGCUCCGUAUGGGCUACAAGUGAAUGAAACCAGUAAGGGUUUUCUUUUCACUUGGAAGAACGUCUUCGCACCCGGUCGUCCGUCACCGGACUACUUUGUAAUCGAAAGACGUGACGGAAAUCGCUCGUGGACUGCAAUUAAAGUGAAUGGAAAUGUUGAUAAAUACUUUCUUCCAAGUGAAAAAGCGAGCAAUCGUGGUUUUACUUUCAAGAUGUAUGCAGUUGGUGUAUGGAGAAGUGACUAUGUGGAACCAACAGUAUUCAAGGAGGAGAAAAUAACAGAGAAGAAACGCAUCCCACCCAUCGUUGCUGCAAAAUCAAAAGGAAAAAAGGACGACCCUUGGCCUGCGAUCAUUCUUGGAGUUAUUUUCUCUGUUUUUGUUCUGAUUUUAAUUAUCAGUCUGUUGUGUUUCUUGCGUGCAACUGGCAGACUUGGUGGCUCUCGAGCUCGUAGAAAUUGUGGAGAAGAGUUGUUAGAUGAAAAGAAUGAAAACGACGGAACACUUAGGAAUGGCAACGAUAGCAAGGCUUCCAAUGGCCUAAAGGUAGUUGGAGAUAAAGCAUUCUAUAAAAAGAAUUCAAAGAAAGCAAAACCGUUUCAUUUUGACAACUGCCCGAUCAAACUCAUUAGUGAUUAUGAUGGCACAGAAUACGAAAAACUGCUUCUUGAAUCGAGCGCGCAUGUAAUAUUUUCGGAGAGUCCCGAGAAAUGCGAGUGUGAGUAUCGAAGAUGUAUGACAUUGCCAAGGAAGCCUGGUACAAGGCCUAUGAAGGCACCAAAGGCGAGUCUCUAUAAGUGCGCGUCACUUCCAAAUGGGAUGACAAGUGGAAAUGGUAUGGAUAGAACGACAGAAACGAUGGUUGAAGACGAGGAUUAUGACACUGAGGAUGAAGAUUUCGUUGAUUCAAAGUUUCCGACAAUCGAUCGAAAAUUCUCAAAGAUGAAAAAGUCGAAAAUGAUCGAUUCGUAUGACCAGUUCUGCCGAUCAGCGAGUGAUUUUGGAUCAAAAGAUAUCGUUUCAACACCGAAAACAAAGAAAUCGGAUGUUGAUUUCUAUGUAUCUCCGCACGAGGAUGAAGCCAAGGUCAGAUUGAUAAGUCCUACAGAAGCGGAUCAAUGCAAUCUUGAGGCAUCUAAUAGUCCAACUGAAUCCAGCCGAGGCAAAAUUCACGAUGAACUUGUUAAGAAUAAGGAUGCUAACAGUGAUUCUGGAUCACCACCACAGGGCUCAAAGGAGAACGUAUUUGAAGACCCAAAUGACGCGUCUUCAGAGAAUUCAACUGCAGAAAGUGAUCGUCGGCCGUUCUCAGCCGGCCCAGCAUCAAGAUUACGUCACCCAUCGGCAAAGCCAGGCUACGCUGUUCGUUCUCCCUUCCCAGAUGAUAUUGGCAAUGAGAAGCUAUUGACAGUAGAUCGCGCUUUGACGGCAAUCAAGGAAUCGCCGAGAGCCAGCAACGACUCGGUUGAAAAGCAUUCGCUGCGGUCCUACGAAAUUCGCUCCAGUGGUUUUGAGUCUGAGGGCAAACCACCAUCAACCUCAGACACAGAAUCAGUCCUCAACUCAAUGCCGCCACUUACGUCUGGUUUCAGAUUUAAAGAUUAUGACGUCAUGAGUGAUAUUUCAACGCGUAGUUCUCCCGGACCGCUUCGCCGUGCCAUGCCCUCCGGUUCUUACGACGAGCAUUAUGAAUGGGAUAUACCAAAACGGAGAACUUACGGGCGUCCAAUAUACAACUCACUAAGGAAAGACCGGUAUCAAAAUCAUAGACUUUCAAUGGAUAACGAGGAUCUUUUCCAAUCGAUCAUGAAAAUGCAGAAACAGCUGGGGGUUGAAAUAGAUGACUCCUGGGAGAAUCUGUCUGAGGACACGAACCUUAGUCUUGUGGGUAACACGCAAACACCGUUUUAUCGUGACGGUUACACUUCAGAUGUUCCAUCAUCUUUUACAGAUAAAGUUAGUUCAUAUACAGAGCGCGAGAAAACGCGGAGAUGCGCAGAAUUGCUCGAGGAAUUAAAACGGAAUAAAGGCAGUACUUCUUCACUACCAAGGACUAGCAAUCUGAAGCGCAGCCAGAGUGCUGUUAGUGACUAUUUGAGAAGUAAGCCGGUUUUGCCUCCGAUUCAAAGAAGCAACAGUGUCUGCGAAGAGGAAACAACUGUAUAUCACGAAUGGCUUGUAUGAAGAUUUGUGUGUGAUUUUUAAAAUCACAUUGGUUUUCAUAGAUAGUGAUUUCACUAAGCUAUCAAGCCGGAUAUAGAUGUGUAAUUUGAAAAUAAACCAAGAUAAAAGUUAGAGAUCGGGGUGGCUUGAUGCCUGUACUCUUCACCGCGGUGGCUUGAUGUACAGAAAAUUUGAGAAUUUUGUACGAAGAAGAUAUGUUUACAAUUGUCAAUGUAGCGCUAUUAAUACACAGACCUUGCUAAGCAGGAGGUUCGCACGUGUCACAUUGCGCACCCCACAUAGCGCACGCCCGCAUCGAAUGAGACAUUCGCAGCAUUUUAAAGUCUCCACACCUCUUAUGAAUUAAACCUUGGAGAGUCCACGGGUAUGAAAAUCGACUUGUUUUUCUGAAAUGCAACUGUUAAUUUUUGUUGUUUUGAUCAACUGUAGAAAUACUUGUUUUGAUCGAGUUUCACUUUCGUAGAUAUUUGCAUAGAAAAUAGAUUCGUGUAUGUUUUUACUGAGGGAGUUUUCAUUGCAUUUGCUAAGAGGGUUCAAUGAAUUUUAAAACUAACACUAACAUUUUGCAAGGGCCUCUGUAGUGUAUGACGUAGUUUUGAGAGAUAAUUAUCCACCUUUAUUGUGACUCUCUUAGUUUUUUAAGAUCCUUAUAGGCAUGCUUCAACCGUCAAAGUGGCACUGUUUCUAAAAGAUCUCCUUUGAAGGAUUUUUCCAUCGCUAGCAUAACAAUUUAUUGUCAACUUUUGUAAAUUCAAACCCCUCCCUUUCCCUUCCAAGUUCUAAGAAUCUUGUGUAAGCUUUUUACCUACUGAUAAUGUAAUAAGACACUCAAUGGUGUGAAAAAUGUUUUUGCAAAAAUAUAUCUUAUCUAAGUAGAAAACAUGUUAUUGUAAAUGUUUAAAACUAUCCCGAAGAAGAAGAACUACAGAAAACUAGAAGAAAAACUCGUUUUUGAAUCAUUUAAAUAAACAUAAAGUAUCUUGAAAAAUUUUCUUUGAAAGUAUCAACAGUGGGAAUUUCUUUCCACAUCAUCAUUUCCACAAAAUAUUUUAUGAUUUAGUACUUCAGUACCCCAGAAUCAGUAGGGCAGGAUAAGCUAUUCCCCCACAUUUUACCAAGAUCUUUAUGGAACAUUUGGUGAUUACCUAGAGAUAUCUUGAAAUACUUUAAUUAAGAACCCGUUCAUGUUGUUCCCCUUCUUGAACGAAAUAUUUUGCACAUUGCUAUUUCUGUUGAUAUUUUUAUUUACUGUUUAUAUCUAGAUUGUAAGUUUAUCUAUUUUAUGAUUUAAGUUGAUUUUAAUUCUUUUAGAAUGAGAAUGAUUUUAAUAUAUUGCUUUUAUAUUAUAAAUUUAAGCUAACUCGUAUUUGUUUCAGUUGCUUCUGAUUGUGGCCCUCAACCCAGAAAUACCGAUCUCUUUGAAGCUUGUUUCUUUGAUAGUAGUGUUUAGAUGUAAGGAAAUUUUGGUAGAGCUUUCGCAAUAAGCUAAACCCUUUAAAUCCUGCCUUGUUGUACAUGCAGCCCUUUUUGCACAAUCUAUUGCUCCCUCGAAAAAAAUGAGGUAUUUUCCCAAUACCCGUCCAAAUUCGACGAUUGCAGUUUUAUUCCAUGAUUCCAAAGUUAAUAGAAUUAUAUAUCUUUAGCUAUGUUUACGAAGUUUCCCCAGGUCCACAUUUUUCGAUUUUAAAGUAAAUUAUUUAGUUAGUUCGUGUAACACAACCUUAAUCAUGCUCUUUUAUAUAUGAAGGUCAUUUUGUUUUCGCGUCAGACUGCAAAAUGAAUGCUAGUAGCGUACGGUGCAAGUUUUAAUUAUUCAUAGCCUAUUUUGCAGUGAAAUAGGGUAGGUUUAAAUGCCUAAAAGACUGACCUGCCACUUUGAUCUACAUUAUUCAUAACUAAAUCGCUAGGAGCUGUUUGCUAGGGCGUAAAGCCUACCGUAAUCCCACCAUAAUUAAAAAAAGCCGUUCGUUUUUCAUCAAGACAUGUUCUAUAACUAUCAUCUAGCCAAAACUGCUUCUGUUCGAAUGAAAAAUUAACCUCGUUGCCCGAGACAGGGAUGUAAAUGGCGGUGCGCUGGAUUAGAAAACUAGCUUUGUGUAAGAUAACAUGAUAUUGUCCGCGUAAGGGUCUAGGAACUACUGACCUUAGGUUAUUUACUCGUUUGAACACCCAUUACUCAAAGACAAGGGGCUUUGUGACAAACGAGGGAAUUUAAUUUCUGAUUUUUUAUUCAGACUGUUGUUAGGGUUGUAGUUUACCUCAUUGUUGAAAAGUUUGUUCGUAUGAGAUUUCUAAUUAUAUCUAAGGUUAUUACAUCGGCAGUCAUUUCAUACAGAAA